UAGUUCCUUUAUUACAUUCCUUCGUGCAAUUAACUUUCCUCUUGUACAGACGCCUUUCAAAUUUCAAACCACGCCAGACUGGAAAAUUGAAAAUUAAAAAGUGCGGCGUUAUUAAAAAUGGUAUCAUAGUGUAUUUAUUUCGGGUUAUUCAGAAAAAUAUUAUAUUACUUUCUUUUAUCGUCUACGGGAAUCUAUUCGUUGUCAAUGCUUGUUUCAAAGGCACAUUCCGCUUCUGAUGGGCUGCAUUUUCUACUACAUUAGGUCGGUACCCACAAAAAAUUGCAUCAAAGAAGAGGUAAUGCGGGAUUUUGAACAGUUUACAAUCCGGGUUUGAAGACAUAUUGGAGGACUUCAAAUAAACAAUCUAACACGCUGUAAUUGGCAGAAGGUUACCGAUUCGCUGCAGCAACUUCUUUAAAUUGAUUUUCGGCGACGAAUUAUUUAUUGAUAUGGAAUUGAGAAGGUGGCGUGGCACAUUAAAAUUUUAUUUCUUACUAUUACUGCUAACGUGCGCCUUGGCGAAAUUGAAAAAGGAAAGGGAGAGGAAGAAGGUGGUGAAAAUGAAAAGUGAAAGUGAUAAUUUGUGCACUAUCGUGGGCACCUCGGCGCCUUUUCAUUGUUUUUGUAGCGACGGCAGCGCGUCAAACGCGACGAAAGCGAAGUGCUGGGUGUUUAGUGGACUAACAGCCGAGCAUAGCUUUUGGACACUAUUCUCAACGCAACCGUUUAUACGCGAACUUAAUCUGAUGGUAACUCCAAUGGGUCAAUUAAAUUUCCUACCUACGUCGGGGUUGCAGUACUUGACGCAAUUACAGACGUUAACAAUCCUGUACGGAAACAUAAGCGACAUUCACGCUUAUGCCUUGGCCAACUUAACAAAGGUUCACGAAGUAAGGCUCGCGAAAAAUCAAAUAAUAACUUUGAGCCAACGUGCGUUUGCCCACUUGACGAACCUGUCCGUUUUGGACUUGGAGGAAAAUCGAAUAGUAGAACUUAACCGAAACGUGUUCUUUGAUCUACCGCUUUUAAGUAAGCUGUUGCUGAAACUAAAUAAUAUAAGUGCGAUUCAAGAGGGUGCUUUCAGACAGUUAGGGCAGUUAGUGGAGCUCGAUCUUAGUGCUAACGCGAUUAGUGUAUUAACAAAGGACGUUUUUGCUGGACUACUAGAGCUGAAGAAAUUGUUUUUGAGAUACAAUAAGAUCGUUAUGCUGGGUGAUCUUACGUUUGCGGAGCUCUGGAUCUUGGAGGAACUGGACUUGGAAGGAAAUCUUAUCGAGCUCAUCUCCGAUCGGGCAUUCGCCGGUUUGACACAUUUAUUCAAAUUGAACCUGAGUUACAACAAAUUGAAGACCUUGCGAAGCAAUCUAUUGGAUAGUGUUCCUGCAAUUAUGGACUUCGAUCUUCGCCACAACGAGCUCGAAACAUUAACUUUGGACAACGUGAAGCCCAUUCUACAUAACUUUCACAACGGAAAUGGUCACUUCUAUCUUGCUGAUAACAAAUUCGUCUGCGACUGCCGACUGGCUUGGAUGCACGCUUUAAGAAAUGAAGCAAAAGGCGAGAAAAUACGUGAGGCGUUAGACAAACUAACGUGUCAUUUACAAAAGGCGGAUGGUGAAUCGUCGAUCAAGCCUCACGCCGAUGCAGUGCUGAAUCGUCGUCCAAAUACCUCCACAGGUUUGGAUUACGCAGGCGAGGACGUCGAUGACACCGUCUACUAUGACGACGACGACGAGGAUGAGCAACCGCAGAAAAGUUCGCCUGAAAAUUUGCGGCGUGUUCUGGAAAUUCCUCCAUCGGAAUUACCGUGCGCGAAUGCAUCUACAACGCAGGCACCUCGAAUAUUGUUAAAUACACCUUCUUAUGCUGAAAUAAAUUCUAAUAGCGGCGCAAUUUGUCAAUUUUAUACGGUAUUGUCUUGCUGUAUCUUUAUGCUGGUAGGUGUAUCAUAGAACUUCGCAUGUCUUUUUCUUAACCAAAACCGACAAAAAGACUUGUAAAUAAAAUGCAUGUACAGUUUUGUGCUUUCUGAUCUGAUAAUGGUAAUUAUAUGAAUAGACUGUGAUACUGUAAAGAGUUUUAGAAAGAUUUUUCCUUCUAACUACAAUGUGGUGUGGGAAUUCUUCUUCAGUACACGUUUUUUUUUGUAAAGGUUGGCCUGUCACAGGAUCACAUUCAUGAAAAUUUAAAUACUCUGAAACUUGCAGAUUUUUUGCAGUUAACUUUGGGAAAUUACGAAGUAACCUGUUCCUGCGCCUCUAGUUAGUUGUAACAACUUUUUAAAAUUGAUAACCUACUCUAGAGAGCAGUGCGAUAGCAUAAAAGGUGAUAAAAAUGGCAACAUUCAUUUUAAAUGAGUUUACCUAACACUGUGACAGAUAAAGGUUCAUUUCGCUUAACUUAUUCAAUAUUCCAAACUGCGUUGAAAGACCAACCCUUAGAAAACGUGAACGGAAAAUUAUUGUUUUAUGUAAUGACACGAUGUUGUGUUGUCAAUUAUUUAUUUAGGAUUAGUCAGACGACCAUUUGUAUUGUAAGCGUAACUGUGUAAUAUAAAUACCUGGUAACUAA